UUAUAUAGUAACAGUUUUGUCAAUCUUAUUAUUCCUAAGGCAUUCAAAAAUUGGAGGCUUUAUGGAAAUGAACAGCAUUAGCCUUCUUUACCUCCCAGAGCAAUAAAGAGGCUUCAUAUCUGGGAGACAUUUUAUAGGGGAGACAUUGUAUAUCCCCCCAACUCUUAGGAGUAGCACAAAACCAACCCUAUCUACAAAUAACACAAGGAAAAACAAAAGAAUGUGUUCUUCCUCAGGCUAUUGACAUGGCAGGGACAAUAAAAAAACACAUUUCAACAAUCAAUGCAGAGCCAUCUUGACUGAAAGAUGUAUAUUUAAUGAUGGACGUUCCCCAGAGUUUUACUACGGUCUUUAAAACCCUGCUGAACCAUAAAUCUUGUCACUUCCCAACUAAAAUCCUGUCAAUAAUUUUACUGUAAUAUCUGUAGGAAAUUCUAAGGUUGAAGCCCCACUUUAUUACUGUAAUAAUAGAUCUAAUUUGUAAAACAUAUAAAAUGUGGUCAUAACCAUAUUGGCAUGGGAGAGAUAUAUGAUCCUUCCACCAUUGAGUAGAUUUUAUAGAUUUUAAUCCAGAUGCAAAAUUAAGGAAAAGAAGGAAAACUCACAACAACCCAAAAGAAAGUUUUGAGCUCUUGAGCACAUUUGGAGAGCAACUUUGGACAAGAGAGUACACCUCCAGUUCCUUUUUUAGCCAUCAAACUGAAGAGGCAGCUUUGAGCCUUUAUAUACCUGACUGAGAGAAUAAGAUAUCAAUAGGGCUCAUUGCAAUGAAAGAACAAAGUUCUGCCCCAGUAGCAGUUCUAGGCUGUUCUAAAGGUUGUUUUGGUUCCCAUACUUAUAGAUACAAAAUAUCUAUAUCUGUAUCUAAUUUAAAAACAAUUGUACUAUCCAUAGAUUAUUUUUUUAUCUGAAGUGCAGAAUAGUAUACCAGGGUCUUCUUCAUAGGACACAUCUGCAAUGCACAGUAGUUUGGAAAUAUCAUGAUGUUACAUGACUCGCCAAAUAAUGUGAUAAUGCUGAGAAAAUUGAAAGGCAGUAGGAAAACUAUAUUACAGAUUCAUUGAUUCAAUAAAUUAAGUCACAGCCCCAAGCUUACAAGACAACAGGGCAGGGUCUCUUGCACAUUUCUCAUUCAGUGUCACCAUAAGUCAAAGACAGCUUGAUGGCAAAUAACACCUAGAUCUUUGCCUUGAAACCUUUUAGAAGGCAAAACUGGAUUUUUAAAAUGUUGCCUAGCCUUAGUUCAUUCCCAUUGGUUCUGUGAUAUCAGUCUAUCAGGAACUGCAGAAGUGAAUUUUAUUAUUAUUAUUUACCUUAUUUCUACCCUGCCUUUCUCUACCUCUAAGGGGACUCAAGGCAGCUUACAUAUGGCAACCAUUAGAUGCCUUGAAAACAUACAAAUGAUGACUUAAAAACAAUUAAAAUUUGAAAAUUAAUACAUAUUAAACAAUUAAAGCAUUUCAAAACAGUUACAUUCAGUAUUAGAAUCACAUCAUCUAAAAAUCAUAAUCCCAGGCCGUUCCGUCAUCAAAUUGUACAUAAUUCCAGGUCUAUGAUUGCAUUCUACUAAUUGCUGAAAACCUGGAUAUGGUGGUUUCAUAAUGGUAUUCAGUUAAUCAGCAUUGACUAUUUGUAUUGUCCUGAUCUGGAAAGGUAUGGAACAGGUCAAAUCUUAGAACAUUUUCUUUUGUGGAUCUACAUUUCCCAGACCCCAUUUGCUGAUUGCAGGAAUCGGAGAACUUUAAUACAAAUGAAUCCUAUCUAUUGCAAUGGCAACCAACUGAGAACCCCUUUGGCUACCUUCUGUUGGGUUAUUGUGGCAGUGUAACUCUGGGUUGUAUGAUUUUUUCAUGCUUACAUAGGGAGGUUUCCGGUAUGCCUUUCCAUAGAAACUUCCUCAUUCCCCUGCACUGUAACAUGAAACUAAAGUCUGAACUGAUGGCCAGGUUCAGUUCCACCUCCCAUGACUCUAAACAAGUAAACAACUGUGAGGACAGCAUAGAAUGGCUAUAUGUUUUAUCGCACCACAUGCCCUCCUUCCAUAUUGAGAAAAACAUCAUCUACAAACCAAGAGGUCAGCAAAAAGGAAAAAACCCAGAAGACAGUUCGAUUCCAGGAAAAAGAAGAGAUUAUUGGAUAUGGUGGUGGUUCCUGUGACUUCAUUGUUGCACCUCGGAGGCCAUCAAGCAUUUCGCCUUUGUUCCUGGGGAUUUUCCUUUUUUGCAUGAUUCUGCUGUUGGCUGCAGGUUUAUACUACAACAGCAGGAGGCACAAAUUCAAAGUCUUGGAAGAAGUUCACUCCCAGCUUGUUAUCGUCAUCUUUCAGAUCAGACACGUUGCUUUGAAAUGUUGGACUUGGUUUGUGAGGCAAUAGACCGCCGUAAGCAGGGAGCCAUGCCGGGCUGAAAACAAUGGGCUACUUUAUGUCUGGUUGCAUUUGAAGAAAUAAAGGCUGCUUUUUUUACUAAACAUA